AUGAAGGAGAUAUCUGAACGCCUUGGAGAAUACAUGCUCAAGGGCUGGGUACUAACUGAUCGUACUUGUCAAAAUUCUGGGUGCAAUGUUCCUCUAAUGCGAUCUCCCAACGGCCAGACACCAGUCGUCCAUUACUGUGCUAGCUGCGACGAAAAGCCGGGCACCAAUCUACCGCCAGUCUCAACAACGUCAUCCUCCUCAAGCAUGUCGUCUGCAUCACAAAUCACCCACAUUUCGACCCCACCAACCGAAGUUUCCAGCGGCCUUAGCUCGCCCACCUUUGUCUUGCCUCCCGAGACUGAAGAAGGCCGGCGCCGACGAGAACAGUCUGACAUGGCUUCUGUGGAGCUUGGCAAACGUUUGCUACAGGGCUGGGCUAUGCUGGGAGAUGAAUGUCCAAAUGCGCAGUGUUUCGGCGUACCGUUGGUUCGCCCUCCCAAGGCAGCGGCGCGUGACUCCAAUAAAGAAUGUGUGGUCUGCGGGUCUGUCUACGUGACUGAAACAGACUGGGCUGGAAGAGAACGACUGGUUCUUUUGAAUUCGGCAUCGCCUCCCCAAGCUGAAAAGAACACAACUGAAGCUAUGCCAAUCCCAAAAUUAUCGACCUCGCUCCCCAAGAUUCCUGUGAAGGCAGCGUCUCCGGCUUCCACAGCUUUUACUCGAGGACCUGACGCUCAUCUUAAUACAACCCUUCCUCUUCUAAGGGAUGCAAUCAAGGCGCUGGAGCAGACUAUUCAAAUGCUCACGCUGAAGCUAACUGCGCUUUCCGAUGGACGCCUUCCGAUGGAUCUUUUAGCAAUAUCCUACGCCGCAGACGCCAUCAGUAAGACCACUCAGGCAUUGACGCAUGUCAAGCAAUUGGAAUGGAGUGAGUUGCAGAAUCUGGCACAUCGAUAA